UAACAAAUAUAUUCUUCAUUGGAUAGAUGGGAAAGUUAUGCUAACUAAUUCCCCAUCAAGGAUUGAAGCAUUCGCCGGAGAAACAGUGAGAUUCAACUGGAAUUACACUGUCGGUGACAAGAACAUGGACUUUGGAUAUUACGUCACUUCGCCAGUCUGGUACUAUUAUAACACUGAUGGUACUAAGUCGGUCAUAGCAGUUGAUGAUGGGCYGCAUGGUUGGAAGUGGACGUUAAGUCGACGAACAUGUCCAACAAGGCUGUUGUAUCCUACAGUUCGCAUUAGUAAAGAGUCAGUCGCUACUUUGGUGAUUUCUAACGUCACAAAGAAUGACAAYGGAUGGUAUGGAAUAUCUUUGGUGCUAAGAAUAUCUCCUUCAGUCACUAACAAAGUGGAACUUAUAGUUACAGAUAAAAUGGCUCGUUUUACUAAARUGCCCUCGAGUACUUUGUUUGUGGCAAGGGGUAAAGCAGCGCGAUUCGAAUGGAACUAUACUUACGAUAACCGGAAUAUGGAGUUCUAUCCAGAAUCACCCAUGUGGGCCUAUGUUGACCAAAACAACCAAUGGAUUACCAUAGCAACGGUAAAGAAAGAUCCGUCAUCGUCAGCGGUCAUAAAUACGACAACAUGUCCAGCAAGAUUGUUGAAUCCUACUCGAGUCAGAAUCGAGCAGCCUGCUACUCUGAUCAUCUCGAAUGUAACUGAAGCUGAUAAUGGGAUAUAUGGCUGCAAGUUGAGGUUAAGAAGAGAACUUUCAAUAAACAGCACAUCCACGCUGGUUGUGACAGAUCAUCCAAAGGUUUUGCUAUCUACAUUGGCGACAAAGAUAAUACAAGAAGGUUCUUCUUUGAACAUCAGUUGCAGUGCAAAUGCUUCCCCAGUACCUUAUGUGACCUGGAUGAAAAUAGCACCCAAGAAAAGGCUUGUGAUCUCUAAAACAGUAGGCUGGAGUUUCUUAAWAUUCAUGGAAAUCAAGAGAAACCAAGGUGGUACUUAUGAAUGCCAGGCAACUAACAAUCCAAAUGAGCCUCCAGUGACUUCAAAGAUCAAUAUUUUGGUGAUUUAUUUUGAACAUUCUUCCAUACGUCUUGAUAAGAAUGGUGAAGCACAGAUAGUUGAAGGAGAAGACCUGAAUAUCACCUGUGCAAUAAGCCCAAUAUGGCUUGACAAUGUCAUGUGGGUUCAUGUACCCACACACGAGUCCCUAAAGUUAGAAAGUGUUAAAAUUAUUGUUCUUGUUGCUUAUAUCGCGCCAGGUAAAAGAUUUCCACAGACUAAAAGACCAAACAAAAAAUCCAACGACAGUACAGAUGCAACAGGGCAAAUCAUCUUUGGUAACAUUAAUUCUGAACCACCAACUGCAGUCCAAUCAGAAUCGAUGACGAAUACAGACGAAACAGUCCAUGGGCAUUACGCAGAACUUACGAGUAACUCUGUCAAGAUGUCAUCACUACAGAACUACGAGCAUCUUGAUCCCACCUGCCGCGAGCAGCACCGCACAAAAGRCUUCCAAACGUUUGGCACUCACCAGCAAAGCAAGUACGAACAGCUUCACUUAGGCACUUCUUUGUCAGCUUAUCAAAGACUACGCCUCAAAUACGAAGACAUUAAAAACUGA